CCGGUAAAGAAGGACUGAAGGCAGUCUGAGAUGUGAUCACAGUCUGCGUUCAUCAUGACGGAGCUUCUCAGCUGCAACACGUCUGACGCAUCUGAAAAAGUUGAGAUUCUUCAGAUCCUGAAUCAAUCUACAGAAAUCUGCUGGCAUUUUAAAAAUGACCCGUGGUAUCGCUACACCCUGUUGGUGCUGUGCACCUUUACCCUUCCUGUGGGGAUGCUGGGAAAUGCAGUGGUGCUGCUCAGCUGCACCUGCUUAGAAAAAAACUUUAGACCCAGCCACGUUUUCCUGCUGAACCUGGCUGUAUGUGACUCAGCCUGGCUUCUCACUCUGUCUUUGACGGCUUACUUCAGAUUCCAAAUCCCAAACCUUGACAGUUUGCAGAUUUUCGGCAAAAUCAAAAGGAUCUCCUUCGACGUGAACAUCUAUGGCAGCAUCGUCUUCAUCAGUCUGAUCAGUUUUGACCGCUACGUAGGGACGGUCCAUCCCAUCAGCUCUCAUCGCUGGUGGAAUGUGGGUAAAGCCAAGAUCUGCGCGGCGUCGACGUGGUUCGGACUUCUUCUGGGAAUCAUUCCACACUUAUUUGUAACCAUUUGUGAAAACCCCAACAUGUGCACGAGUCACGUCCGCAACCUUGUCCCUCCAUUCAAAAUUUUCCCCAUUAUUAGAACGACACUGUGCUUUCUGCUCCCCUUCUGUGCCAUGCUGGCCUUUUCCACGAUGACCAUUCGUGUUUUGAGGAACCGUUCAAGAGGAAGAAGGAACAAGGAACUCCAGCGAGCGAGCAGGAAGCCGCUGCAACUCAUCGCCGCGGCUAUCCUCGUCUCUGCAGCCUCUUUUGUGCCUUAUCACAUCAUGGCUGUCGCUCUGACCUUCACGCCGGCUCGUAGCUUGGUGGAACUGCCCGACUCCAGUUGCCUCUGUGCAGCGUUUGAGCUCUGUGAAGCUCUCUGUAGUUUCAGCAGCUGUCUGGACCCUGUGUUGUAUAUACUGGCCAGUGAGCAGUUCAAGAGAAAGAUACACAUCUUCAAAAGAGAGCGAUUCAAGAGGCUGUGCUGUAAGGAGAGUAGGAGAGUUGGGGUUAUUGACGAAUGAGUAUUAAAUGUUUAACUUUUCCGGAUAUUAUCCUGUGAGGCAACACGGUUGUACAAUUGUUCCGUCAUGUGAAGCCGUAACUGCACACCACAGUUAUGUGAAGGAGUAUUUGCCCCUUUCUUGCUUUUUUUUGUCACAAGUAAAGCUUUACGAUUAUAAAAUUGGACAAAA